AUGGAUUCUGAUGCACUUGUAUCAUGCGGAGCAAUGAUGCUUCAAUUUGUUGCUGAAUAUUGGCGUUCAAUUGAAAAACGUCCUGUUGUUGCAAAUGUACAACCAGGUUAUUUACGUCAAUUAUUACCAGCUCAAGCACCUGAACAAGCUGAAUCAUUUUCAUCAAUUAUAAAUGAUCUUGAAUCAACAAUUAUGCCUGGUAUUACACAUUGGCAUAGUCCAAAUUUUUAUGCUUAUUUUCCAACAGCUCUAUCAUAUCCAGCUAUUUGUGCAGAUAUAUUAUCUGGUGGUAUUGCUUGUAUUGGUUUUUCAUGGAUAGCAUCACCAGCAUGUACAGAACUUGAAGCAAUUGUUAUGGAUUGGUUAGCAAAGGCAAUGAAUUUACCGGAAUUUUUUCUUUCAACUGGAAAUGGUGGUGGAAUAAUUCAAGGUACAGCUAGUGAAGCUACAAUUGUAGCUUUACUUGCAGCUCGUUCAAGAAUUUUUAAAGAAAAAAAAACUGAAGAUCCAACAUUAACACUUGGUCGUUUACUUGAUCAAUUAAUUAUCUAUUGUUCUGAUCAAGCUCAUUCAUCAGUUGAUAGAGCUGCAUUAAUUCUUGGUUGUCGAUUACGUAAAAUAACUUCAGAUUCAGAUUGUGUUAUGCGUGGAGAACAAAUUGAAAUAGCUAUUGCUGAAGAUCGUGCACAAGGUUUAAUACCAUUUUUUAUAGUUGCUACACUCGGUACAACUCCAACAUGUGCUUUUGAUGAUUUGGUUACUAUUGGACGUGUAUGUGAAAAAGAACAUUUAUGGAUGCAUAUUGAUGCAGCUUAUGCUGGAAAUGCUUUUAUUUGUCCUGAAUAUCAAUAUUUAUUAAAUGGUGUUGAAUAUGCUGAAUCAUUUAAUUUUAAUCCACAUAAAUGGAUGUUAGUUAAUUUUGAUUGUUCAGCAAUGUAUCUUAAAGAUCGAACACAUUUUAUUGAUGCUUUUAAUGUUGAUCCACUUUAUUUAAAACAUGCAUUUCAAUCAUCAGCACCUGAUUAUCGACAUUGGCAAAUUCCAUUAGGACGACGAUUUCGAUCACUUAAACUUUGGUUUGUUUUUCGUUCAUUUGGUUUAGAUGGAUUACGAGCAUAUAUUCGUAAACAUAUUCAAUUAGCUAAUUAUUUUAUUAGUUUAAUUAGUAAAGAUAAUCGUUUUGAAAUUGUCUUUACAGCUGCUGCACAACUUGGUCUUGUCUGUUUUCGAUUAAAAAAUAGUUCAAAUGAAUUAAAUGAACGUUUAUUAAAAGCAUUAAAUGAUGAUAAACGUAUUUAUCUUGUACCAUCAAUGGUUAAACAAAAAUAUAUUUUACGUUUAGCUAUAUGUUCAUGGUUAGCAGAUGAGAAACAUGUUAAAUUUGCUUGGGAUGUUAUUGAACAAGUUACAAAUAAACUUCUUUCGGAAUAA